AAUUUCUAUACCAUUGAUUUUUUUUGUUUGCAAACUUUGUUUAUUUUGUAGUUAUAAUACUAAAAAUGAGUUUCAAAAAUUAUAAAGACAAAAUUGACGAAGGGGAUAUUGUUAUUUUAUAUUUGAGUAACAAUGUCCACGCAAUAGAAGUGCGACCUGAAAUAAAAAACAAGAAAGGAGACUUGGUAGAGAACGUUUUUCAAACAACAUUCGGUGCCCUGAAGGUUAAGAAUCUUAUAGGGGUUGAAUACGGAAGCCGGGUGGAACUGUCCAAGGGUUGGGGCCAUGUUUUGCAGCCCACUCCUGAACUGUGGUCAGUGACUCUUCCUCACCGCACCCAAAUAAUCUACACUCCUGAUAUCAGUAUGAUUUUGUUACAACUUGAUCUGGUCCCAGGUUGUAUUGUUAUAGAAGCAGGCACUGGAAGCGGUUCCCUAACGCAUGCCCUAAUACGGCGGGUGCGGCCGCACGGUCACGUCCAUACGUUUGACUUCCACGAGCACCGCGCCAAAAUCGCCCGAGAUGAAUUUGAAGCCCACGGCAUAGCCGAGUAUGUCACUGCAAAACACAGAGACGUGCUCGAGCAAGGAUUUGGGGAGGAGCAGAACGGUAAAGCCGACGCUGUGUUCUUGGACUUGCCGGCUCCUUGGCUCGGUGUGCCACAUGCGGUCGCCGCUAUGAAGGAAAAUGGUGGCCGCUUCUGCUCUUUCUCACCAUGCAUCGAGCAAGUCCAGCGCACGUGCCUAGCCCUGACUAGCAACGGGUUCCAGGAGCUCGCGACUUUGGAAGUCCUGCAGACUGAGAUCAAGGUCACCAGGAGGACCAUCCCAGUGAGGGAUCUAUCGUUUUUGAAACACAAGAGCUCCGAGAACCCAGUAGACGAGAGGCCAACAUCAGACACGAACUACGUGGUGGGUGCGUGGCCGCCGAGCACGCCGGGCCACACCGGCUACCUCACCGUUGCGACGCUGCCGCCGCUUUUCCUUAGAGGCAAGAAAUCCAAAGCGGAAGUUAGCAGUAAUGAAAAAUCAGUAUUGUCUGAAAAUGAUGCAGUUAUGGAAAUAAGCGCAUAAUUUAAAUUAAUUAAUAAAAUAAAAUAAAUUUGACUAUUA